AUGUUUCACCUCAUCGCUCUGAUCCUGGCAGCUUCCCAGCUAAUCACCGCGCUAGAAUGCAAAUGCUCACCCUCUGACCCCUGCUGGCCAUCCAACAUAGAAUGGGCAUCCCUCAACGAAACACUCUUGGGCCACCUUAUUCACACCGUCCCCCUAGCCGCAGUAUGCUACCAGACUGAGCCUGUCUAUAAUGCUGAAGCCUGCAAUGCUGUUAUCGCAAAUUGGACAAGUUCCGCCUUGCAUUCUGCUGAUCCGGCUAGUAUCGAUGACCCCAUGUGGGCGAAUAACAGCUGCAACCCCAUAUAUCCAAACGGAACGAGUCUCACAGGUAAUACCCGGGCCGGGGAGAAGGGCUGUUCAAUUGGAAACUAUCCCCCGUAUGUCGUGAACGCAACGGAGGCUGGUCAUGUGCAGGCUGCGCUGAAGUUUGCACGGCGGUGGAACUUGCGGUUGAAUAUCAAAAACACUGGACAUGGUUCUGAAAGAAGCACGGCCCAUGGAAGCUUGUCCAUCUGGACUCAUAAUCUGAAACAAAUCCAAUUCCAUGAGACGUUCCAGCCUCAGUCAUGCGAGACUCAAACAGGGGUAAACGAAAGUCAAAUGGCAGUCACUCUCGGCGCAGGUGUACAAGAUGGAGAGCUAUUUAAAGCAAUGGCGAAGCACAACGCCAUCGCGGUGGGCGGAACCAAUGCUGAUGUUGGUGUCGUGGGAUGGGCGACGGGUGGUGGCCAUGGCCUGGCCACCGGCAACUAUGGCAUGGGAGCCGACAAUAUCAUCGAGGCCGUCCUGAUCUCUUCUGGGCCAUCCGCGGAGGCGGUGGAGGGACAUUUGGGGUUAUACUCAGUUGUUACCCUGAAAGCGUACCCAAUGCCAUCGGUGACCCUCGUCGAUCUGUCAAUGUCAGCCAAGAAUGGAACUCGUCCUUCGAGCUGGUAUAGGUUUGUUGCCCGGGCCCACGGGUACUUGGACCUCUUGCAAGAAGCCGGCGUUCAUGGGUACUAUACGAUGGGUGGAGGGCUCCUGGUACUGCAGGGUGCUUUGCUUCUAUAUGACGCCGAUAAUGGAACAGUGGGGGACCUUCUUGCACCUAUGCGAAGGUUCUUUGAGGCUUCCAAUGAAACAGCUACUUCGAGCCUCACGCCGGUUGCCACAUUGCCGUGGUAUGAACUUGUCAAGAUGAUGCCCGCUAUCGAAUCAGUAGGCACAAAGCAAAGCGCCAGAACAUCGCGGUUCAUCCCACAGAGGGUAGUCAAUAAUGAUAUUGAAUUAUUUGCGAAGACUCUAGAGGCGAUCACCUCGGGACCUCUGAUUGAUGGAGUCUCGACUCCUUCGAUUUCCGGAACCAUGACCGGUAGCAGGACACCCGUUGACAAUGCACUUAACCCUGCCUGGCGAGACGCUGUUGUGCAUAUCAUCACGUCGCAAAGCUGGGACGAAUCCCUACCUCCCGCUGUGGCUGACCAGGUAAUUCACAAUAUGACCUACCAGAAAGGCUAUGUAUUGCGACAGCUUGCGCCUGAUACGGGUGCUUACUUCAAUGAGGCAAACGCAGACGAGCCAAAUUGGCAGUGGUCCUUUUUCGGCUCUGGCUAUGCUAGACUUCAAGCGAUUAAGCAGAAGUAUGAUCCAGAGGGUCUGCUCUGGUGUCGUCAGUGUGUUGGGAGCGAGGCAUGGACGGAACAGCAGGAUGGGAGGCUCUGUCGUGCGGUUUAA